GGAUAUAAUAUCUUAGAAAUGUGUCUUUAAUGGGUUUAAUUCAGCGCCCGACCAGCUGCACUCCCUUUAUUUGGUAAAGAGAAAACAAUCGUGCCAUGGCUUGGAAAGCAAGCAGAAAUUAGUUUCGGUCACCGAGGCUAAGCUAUAUUUCCUGCAAACCAUCUGCUUGAUAGGUACAAUAGAGGGAUUUUCAAGUGCAAGAAAAAGAAUAAAGUGCUUUGAACGUGCAGAAGUCCUCUUGGGUUUUCUGAAGGUGAUGAGGUGUCUUAAUACGACUGCCCCGGGCGGUGCUAAAAACAACUGAUGCAAAUCUAACGGUCGUAGGCCAUUAUUUGGUAAAAAAAAAAAAAAAAUAGGAAUAAUUACAUGCUAAUCACUUAUGGUCUUGUUAUUUGCGUGUUGAUAGAUUUUAAUAGGCUAGGCCUACUUGUUUAAGCAGCAGAAACAAAAUAGCACUUAGCCUAGUUAAGAAAAUAUCACUAAUGUGAUUCAAGAUAGUGAUUGAUAUAUUAAAUAUAAUAAAGCUACAACUAUUAUAAAUCCCGGGUUUAUGUUGGCCAACAUAAAAACAUCAAUAGAAAACUUGCAAAGCCAGGGAUACGGGGCCGUAAUGGGGGAAUUACAGUUGUCCCAAAAUUACUUGCCCUAUGCCACUCUACACACACAGCGAUGCUCCCCCACAAAGACUUCUCUUCUUUUACUAAGAUGGUUGCUAAGACUUCUUAAGAUGGACUAAGAAGGCUGUCGAGCUGAUCCAGUUUGAAAAAGUUUUGAAAUAAUGUCUAAAGACCCAGUAUUACAAUCCAUUUGUGCGAAAGAGCAACGCCUGGUGCAUAAUUUCAUGGAGAUUUACUCGCUGUGUCAUCGCUCAGGGCUCACGCGGACUAUAUCUUCCCCUCGUCUUUUUUUUCCUGUCCAAAUCAAAGCGCACGAGUUGACUCCGCGGAGAUAAAUGUGAAGGUAGCUGCAAGAAAAUGAAUGGUUAGUGGGACAAAUCCUGACAGAGAAGCGGUCAAACGCCAUUAGUCACAGGUCUUAGCCCACAGGCCUCGGGAUUCACCUCUUUUGGUGCAUCUGACAGAAGAGAGCGUCUGUCCCAAUAAAAGCCUCCUAGAAGAAAUCCUUUUGUUCGCACUUUUUUUCGUUUUAUAAUAUAUUUUAUCGGUAGGCGUUGGCCACUUUCCCCCCGCGGUUCAGCAGCAAAACUUGAAAGGAUGUGCUUUGCCAUUGCACAUUAAACCUUAUCCACGUGUGGCGCAGCAUGUUCUCUGACCCAACUCCUCACACAAUGAAAUUCAUCUUUUUCUCUGUAUCUCAAUGGAAGAAAAUGUGCGCGAGUGUGACCUGUAUGAAGCCUAAUUCAGUUAACUAUGGGUGAAAGUAAUGUUGUCUAGUCUAUCUAUCUAUGAGCAGAAAAGAGGGGUUGUACGUUGACUUUUUUUGUAGGCCUAUUUUAUUAAGAUUAUUAUUAUUUUUACAAACAGUGGACAGUAGCUAUAAAUUAGGUCCAAAACUAGGCUACAUUUUAAAAUGUUUUUAUCAUUAUAACAACAUCUUUUAACUUUUUUUUCAUUCAUAUUUGAGUUUUCAGGGUUUUUUUUUUUUUUCAAUAGGAUUUGAAAAAGACAAUCAAUUAAAGUGGUUGAAUAAGACUAAUAUAGGGUGAAUUCAGGUUGGUUGGGACACUUUUUCCCAGUCAUCUCAAUGACAAAAGUGUCCCAAUCACCCUGAAUUCAUGUACCAAGUUGUAACUUAGGUACUAUUUUACUUCUAAGUUUUCAGUUAAACUGAUUAAAAUAAGUUUUUUUAGUAUGCAAUUUUUUUCCCCAGAGCUUGGGUUUCCUUUAAUGUUUGCCUCAAGAUAGAAUGCCAGAUAAUAAUUUCAUUGCGUUUCGUAUAUAGGCAAAGCAGAUUUUUUUAUUGCAAUCUUUGUAACGGCAUGACUAUGAUGAUGACUAUGACUAGAGUCUUUUUACUCGUAAAGGGCCGUUGUCUGCGGUUUGCUAGUGGUGUCUAAUCCAAUCCGAAUUUCUUCUGUCCAAUCAGGGCGCGCCGCCUCUAGAGUAAACGGAACUCACGUGGAGAAUUUGGCUGAACUUCAUUGUUAGAGCUGUCAACCAUGAAAAGGCUUCUCCAGCGGUCCACUAUAAAACCCCUGGAAGAGAGAGAGACGGACAAGAGCUCCUUCAUUCUGCCCUCUUGGACUCUAAUCAACGCAAGCCUCUGCAUUGAGAGUAGUAGCACGUGAAUUCCUCGCUGUCAUUUUCUUAUAAAACGGUGCAAUGAUGUUGCCAAGUGUUAUUGCGCCACCUGCUAUGUAUCCGAACUUUCUGCGGCCCUCGGCAGCUCUUUCCUUGCCUCCCUCUUUACAUUCGGCGUUCACCACGCACUCGAGUUUCCUGGUGGAGGACCUGUUGAGGAUCAGCAGACCUGCCAACUUCAUGCACAGGAGCAUCCCGUCCCCAAGUGCAUCUCCUCCGGCCACAGGAGCCACAACUCUGAACAACUCCUGCGCAGUCCACGUCGCCAUGUCUACGUCUUUGCCAAAAAGAUCAAGCUCUCCACAAACAUCAAUUUCCAACGAUCCAAAUUACUUGAAGUUUGGAGUGAAUGCGAUUCUCGCGUCAACAACACGAAACGCUUCACCACCACCUUCAGUGCAAGGGAUGAAUGUGAAAACAUUUCCGUUCCCAUGUUUUGACGGCUCAUUCCACCCAUUCAUCAGAGCAUCAUAUUUCCCAGCAUCGUCCUCAGCAGUGCCCAUUCCGGGAACUUUCGCAUGGCCACUCACGGCUCGAGGGAAGCCAAGAAGAGGAAUGCUUCGACGGGCAGUCUUUUCUGACGUGCAGCGCAAAGCAUUGGAAAAGAUGUUUCAGAAACAGAAGUACAUCAGCAAACCAGACAGAAAGAAACUGGCGACGAAACUUGGCCUCAAAGACUCUCAGGUAAAAAUUUGGUUCCAGAACCGAAGAAUGAAAUGGCGCAAUUCCAAAGAAAGAGAGCUUCUGUCGUCAGGAGGUUGCAGGGAACAAACAUUGCCGACGAAAAUGAACCCUAAUCCUGACCUUAGCGACGUUGGAAAAAAGUUUGAAAAUGACCCGGCUCUGAGAGAAAGCCCGCGCGCGCCUAUCUGUCAGGCGGGCAGAGAUCACGAGCUCAACGCAGAUUUCCAUUUCAAUUCGCCUUCCAUUUCCAGCAAGCACUCAGACUUCUCAGAAUCAGAGGACGAGGAAAUAACCGUGUCAUAAUCAUUAAACAGACUAUGUAAUUCACAAUGAGUUGUUCAUGCACAAAACUGGAGAAAAACUUUUGUCUUGUUUGACACGGUAGCUGUGUGAACUUUAUUGAUAGGAAAGCUUUCAGUUGAAGAGAGAAUGUUGUAACCGCUGCGUUUUUGGCAGCUUGUAUAGCGUUUUGUAUGAAUAUUUUGUAUGGAAUUUUUAUACUAAGAUUAUUAUAAUCUUUCUUAAUGAUUUGGGUACUUUGUCUAUAAUCUUAAAUACGUAGAUGGCACAUUUCUAACUUAAAAAUCUUAUAUUAUUUUGUAUACUGAUGUUUUUUGUAAAAAUUUAUAUACAUGUGAAAAAAAAUAUUUUUACAAAUUAAAAAUCCAAAGCAAAAUACCAAAAUUUUCAUU